AUGGAGCAUUUUCAGCUGGUUCUGAACCAGUGUCUGGUCGGCCAUCCAGACCGCGCAACGGCUCUCACCAACCUCGCGUGGGUUCGCCUUCAAGGCUACAUCCGAAACGAUCUUCAAGAGGUUGAUACUACCACUUCCCUCUUUCGCUACGCCCUUGCAUUGCGUCCGCAGCACCAUCCCGAUCAUCCCUUAUCCCUAUAUAAUCUCACAGAAGCGCUGAAUUUGCGUCACGACAAGAAAGACGGAUCCGAUGAAGGCGUCCACCUUCGAAGACUCGUGCUCGAGCUCUGUCCUCUGGAUCAUCGGCUUCGCCCCAGAACCCUCGACGAGCUUGCACGAGCAGUUAAAGCACGCUUUGAUCAGCACGUCAGCAUCGAUGACCUUGACAUGAGCAUACAGCUUGGUCGCGAAGCCGUGUCUCUGUGUCCCUCGGGACAUGCUGAUCGUGAUACCUACCUGAACAACUUUGCCUUUUCACUCAUAUCCCGCUUUAAGCACCAAGACAAUCCUAAUGGCCUCGAUGAGGCCAUCACUUUGUAUGAAGAAGCACUGCACCUGCGCCCUGUGGGGCACGAAUUUCGCGCUUACUCACUGGGCAACCUAGGUGGCGCCCUCGUCCACCGUUUCAGGAUACGUGGUGAUAUUGAAGACAUGCCCCGAGCUAUCAGCCUCCGUCGCGAGACCCUAACGUUGCGCCCACCUGGGCAUCCACAUCGUGACAUCACGCUUAACAACCUUGCCCUUGCGCUCAAAACUAGAUACAACAAAUCGCAUGUCAGCGAGGAUCUUAACGAGGCCAUUAAUUGGUAUCGCGAAUCCCUUCGGUUACAGCGGCUUGACCAUUCAGGGCAUCAUUCGACUCUUUCCAAUCUGAGCUCGGCGCUCUGCUCUCGUUUUAUGGAAACUGGGGAGAACGAAGAUGUUGAGGAAGCCGUUACUCUUUGCCAAGAAUCAUUGGCGACUCUGUCUUCACUGCACCCUCACAGGCACUUCAGCUACAAGCGGCUGCAGGAGGCCUAUUUGUCUCGUUACCGGAUUCUACACGACCCUGCUGAUUUGUCUCUUGCGAUGGAGAAUUUCAGACUCGCAUCAAGACAUUCUACUCAAGGGUUCCCUGACCGCAUCAUUAGCGCACUUAAUUGGACCGUUUCAGCGGAGCAGCAUGGUCAUGGAUCCGCGCUGGAAGCCUACUCGACAUUUUUCGAGCUUCUGGAUGCUCAUUUGGCAACACGGUCUUCAGAAGCUGCUGCUGCCUUCAAUGGUGUCAGAUCGCUGCCUGUAGAUGCAGCAUCGUGUGCUAUCCGCAAUGGCUAUCUACGGCACGCUGUUGAACUCGCAGAGCAGGGUCAUGGCCAGCAAUGGUCGUUGGCAUCUCGACUCAGAACUCCAGUUGAAAACCUCGAGUCAGCAAAUCCGGCACUGGCGCGCAAUUAUUUGGAGCUGAGCAAGCUCGUUUCCAAUGCCGCACAGAGUUCUGCAACAAUGACCGACAGAGCUGCUGCUGAUCGGGCAGCAACAGAAUAUAGGAGACUUACAAGGCAAUGGGAAGCUACCGUAGCUGAGAUACGUGAUCUUCCAGUGUUUUCGCGGUUCCUGCUCCCACCUCUGUAUGCAGACCUGCAAGCGGCAGCGCGCCAGGGCCCGGUCAUCAUCCUCAUUGCGAGCCAAUACUCACGCAGCGCCAUCAUCGUCCCGACGUCAGGAGACCCCCAUCAUGUUCCCUUGCCAUCUGUCACUCUGGCAGAUCUGACCAAUCUCAAGGACCGCGUCGCCAGGGCGAUACGACACGCAUCUGCCCUGAGCCCUCAAGUGCCGCGAAACGAUCUGAUAGUCCUCUUGCGGACAGUAUGGGACGAGAUCAUGCUACCCAUCGUCAACGUCCUCCGGCAUGAUCUGAAACUAAAAUACUGUCGAAUCUGGCUGUGUCCAACUGCAGCCUUCACAUCUAUUCCUCUCCACGCAGCUCACCCGUUUCGAACGAACCCAGAUGGCUCUAGGGAGCAAUGCCUGGAGGAUCUCUACAUCUGCUCUUACACGCCCACACUUUCGGCUCUGGUCAGAUCUAGACAGAUGAUGAAGAAGCGCGUCACUCCAUCCUUCCCGGGUGCAGGGAAAGGCAAGGCGCUCUUGGCUGUCGACAGCGAGCUCGAGCUUGUCCAUAAGCUCGUCCCUGCAACGGCCAGACAUACUAAUAUAUCUGACGAUGCAGCCACACGAGCAGGUGCGCUCGAAGCUUUGCAGCAGAACACCUGGGUGCACCUAGCUUGUCAUGGCAAGCAGGACCCAAAGCAGCCUUACAAUUCACAUUUUGUCAUGAGAGACGAAGAUCUGACGCUGCUUGAUAUCAUGGAGAUAGAUAUUCCGCACGCCGAGUUCGCGUUCUUAUCAGCGUGUCAUACCGCCGUCGGAGAUGAGGAGACACCCGACGAUGUGAUUCACCUCGCAGCUGGUCUUCAGUUUUCGGGGUUCAAGAGCGUCAUCGGGACGCUGUGGCAGGUCGACGACUCUGUCGCAAAACACGUCGUCAAAGCCUUCUAUGAGAAUAUGUUCCCAGAUUUGAAGGAUGAUGGUGUGAUGGACUGUACGAAGGCGGCCUGGGCACUGAACCGUGCUACGCACGCUGUGAAGACGACAGUGCCGCUGGAGCAGAGGAUGGUUUUUGUUCAUAUUGGUGUGUAGUUCUACAUCGUAUUGCUGUCGUCUGGCACGUAUUCACAUGUUGUUGAUUUGCGAUCCUUUCAUCCUGUUGUAUAAUUGAUUAGGCCUGAUAUAUUUUUUUGCGUUCUAGCUACCUCAUUUUCGUAUGCUGUUGUAUUUUUGUCGACUAGAGUGUUCAUCAAAGUUACUAUGUACUAUUCGACUCGUUUGCAGACUUAUCUUCUGCUUGAGUACACACGACCAACCACUGCCAAGUUAGAAGCGGGGCCCAUCCAACUCAACAUGUGCACCCGUCGAAGUCACCAGUCUCUUCAACCCGGAUGGCUGCUUUGACUUAUCGCACUGCACUACUUACUACAUCCGCUUUGACAUU